AAAAACAGAAAAUUCUGCAACUUUGUAACCUGUUUGUGUCUUUUCCGUUCAUCUUUACGUUGAAAAAGAGCGGCGCAAUGGCGGAAAAAACGCCUCACUUUAAUGCAAUUUUAAGUAGAGUUCGAGGAAAACUAAGAUCUGAGAAUGUAAAGCUUUGGCUUCCUCCGUACACCUCAUCAAACGAUCAACCCGGAUAUUACCCGGAGGAAUUAAUCAAUCGAUACUCGGCAGAAUUGAAUGCAUCUGCUGAAGAAAUUUCAGAAGCAAUGGAGCAGCUGAGAGUUCAUGCUGUUACAAAACUGCAAACAGAGCAAAGAUUUACCAAUUCAGGGAUUGCAACCAUCAAAGUUCAUGUUACCGGUAGUAUUCCACUGGGAAUUAACAGCAGGUUACAAAUUCAAAUUGGUUUGCAUGUAAAUGGAGCAGAUUUUAGAAGAAGCCUUAGUAAAGAAACUGGUCUGGACCCUGAGAAAAUGAAACUUAUUUGCAAAGGACACGUUAUAGAAGAUGACAAAUCGCUAGAGAGCCAAAAUGUAAAGAAUAAUGCCCAGAUUAUGGUGCUACUAUUAUCACAGUCAAGUGCAGAGACUCAGCGUCUACAGAAUGAAGAAGACGAAACAAAAGCUAGUGUUUCAAGAACAAGACAAGCUGCUGAAGCAUUGUCAAAUAGAAAAGACAAUUUCAAAGAUGACAGAUUUUUCCUGGAGAUCAGUGAUCAAGAGGGUAAACCAGUCAAGUUACCAGAUAGUGAAAGAAAGGCUUUAACCCUGGCACUUACCUUACAUGAAAAAGGAAGAACAGUACUGAAUAAAAGAAAUUAUGCUGAGGCGCUUUUAUUACUCCUCGAGGCAGAAAAGGAAUUCAGUCAUUGCAGGGCGCAGAUUCUAAGUGCUGUUGAUAAUUACGGAAUUCUGUGCUUGGACAUUGUCUGGUGCUACUUUUGGCUUAAGAGUAUUGUUGAUUUACCAAAUGCAGAGGAAAAAUUGCAAAAAUGUAAAGAAUGUUUUCAAAGAAGCUAUGGACAAAAUCUGGAAAGACUGACAAGUGUUAGAGGUGGUAGUGGGGGUGAGCUGGCCCUUUUUGUUCGACUCCAUGUCCUUGAGGCAGUUUGUGCUUAUCACAAAGGAGAUGUGUUUAGUACUGCAAACUGUUUGGAUAAGGCUGAGCUUGUGAAAGGAAAAUUACACAUUGACCAAGAUCAACUAAAUCAGUUAUUGAUCAUGGGGUUUUCUGAGUCUGAGGCCCGUCUUGGUCUACGAGCUUGCCAGGGAGAUACAACUUCAGCUGUUGAUUACAUUACACAGAAAAGACAGGAGAAAAAAGAGAGAAGAGAGAAAGAGAAAAAGGAUAGAACGAGAAAAAAACUGGAGAGAAAACUGGGAAAGACUGGAACAGGGGAAUGGGUCAAUGUGGAUGCUUAUAACUCUCUUGUCGAGAUGGGUUUUUCCAAACAUAUGGCGGCAGCAUCCUUGAGACAAGCAAAUAAUGAUAUCAAUAACGCACUGCAGACUCUUCAAGAUCAUCCAGGUCUUCUUAGUAUCCCUGACAUAAGCUCCAGAUCAGCUUUCAGUGACGCCCAGAUCUCCGAUGAACACGUCGCGCAGGUUAUGUCCCUGGGUUUCGCAGCGGACUCUUCCAGAGAAGCUCUAAAACGUUGCCAUGGUGAUGUUCAGCAAGCAAUUAACCUGUUGGAGUCAUGUGGAGGAGUGCUCUCUUCAUUACAGCAGCUUGCUCAAGGCAGUGCCACCGAAAGUAACAGCAAAGAUGAAGAAGACCCGGAUGUAGAAGAAGCUGUGAGGGAAUUGGUUCCCGACCUCGCUACAGAGGACGAUGAAGCUCAUUUAAAUCUCUCUCUGGAGGAAGAAUCUUCAAUUAUCGCUGAGUAUAGAACACUGCUUUUAUCGGCUGGUUACGACACCAAUUCUGCCUCCUUGAAACCCUGAAAACAUGGACAUGUCAUAAUUAUCUGCCCUUAUGAACGGGAUUAAUGAUGAAUAUGAUUAAUGUCUACUAGCUGAUAGCUAACUAAGAACCAAGAAUCUCGCCAGUCAAAUCGUGUGUCUCCAGAGCCAUCUUUCCCUCGUGCCUAGGCCCUGCCAGCGGACGAGAAUGAGGAACCUCGUUGCCAAGACUAAAAUCCGGCAACAACUUAGUUUAAGCCGCAUUGAAUCAAACAUGACUCGGGCCCGGGAACUCGGACCCGGUCUCUGUACCCUCGCGGUUAUUUCCGUUGUCAACGAGA